CCCUCUCUAAUUUUUCAGUGCAUAGAACUGAAAGAUGAUAAAUCAACUUGACAUCUUACAUAACCUAGCCUUCGUGCAUAAACAAAUCGACCGAAAAUAAUGCUUUUAAAAUAGAGGGAUUUUGGAUUCUAUUUUUAUAAUUUUUCCUACAAUAUUAAUAGACUAACCUCUUUAUCGUAGUUUGAACCAUGCUUUAAUCAUUUUCCCACAAAUUUUGAAACUUUCCAUUCAGAAAUUUAACUAACCAGUGCAAUGAAGAAUCUAGACGUGUUUUUUAUAUUCUUAACGAUAAGAAUAGCCUCAUUAUUUUUAGUACAAACUUUUUUCGUACCUGAUGAAUACUGGCAGUCGUUAGAAGUUGCUCAUAACUUAGUUUAUAACUAUGGAUAUCUAACAUGGGAAUGGUCGAAAGGUAUACGAAGUUACAUUCCCCCAUUGAUUAUAGCUUUCUUGUACAAGAUCUUGAACCUUGUGGGACUAGAUACUGCAGAAGUAUUGAUAUACUCACCAAGAAUUUUACAAGCAGUGAUAAGUGCAAUAUCUGACUUGUCUUUCUAUAAGUGGUCUGGUACCAAAAAAUGGGCAGUGUUCUGCUUGGCUACUUCAUGGUUCUGGUUCUAUACAGGUUCCAGAACACUUAUAAACACAUUGGAGUGCUCCCUGACAACUAUAGCCUUGUCAAAGUAUCCAUGGCCAGGAAAAAAUAUAGAAGAUAAUUCAAAAUUCAUCUGGAUAGCUGCAUUUUUAUUUGUGAUGAGACCAACAUCUGCUAUAAUUUGGCUUCCCUUAUGCAUUUGUCACUUGCUUAUGAAUAAAGAAGAUUCAUUUUAUGUAAUAAUACAGAGAUAUGUACCUAUAGGGCUUUCAGUCCUCUCUCUAUCAAUCCUCAUUGAUAGCCUAGUAUAUGGCAGGUUCAUCAUAACCCCUUAUGAGUUCAUAAAAUUCAACCUGUUCCAAGAUGUUGGUACCUUUUAUGGAAUACAACCUUGGCAUUGGUAUUUAUCCACUGGAUUUCCAGCCAUUCUUGGUAUACAGUUCUUACCAUUCUUUAUGGCAUGUCUAGUAGUGCUCAAGAAUAGAUCUUCACAUCCAAAUGAGCUAGUGAUACUUGGGACUAUGGUAUUUACUUUACUGGUGUACAGCUUUUUACCUCAUAAGGAGUUUAGAUUCAUUCUUCCAUUAUUGCCACUGGUUUUUUAUGUGUCCUCCAGAUUCCUCUCAGCAUGGAGUAGAAAAGCCAGCACUCUAGGAGUAUGGGUAGUGGCAGCUGUAAUUUUCUUUGGUAAUGCAAUGCCUGCUUGGUAUUUGGGAAUGGUACAUCAAAGAGGAACACUAGAUGUCAUGCAGCCGCUUAGAGAAAUUGCUCAGAAAGAUCCUAAUAAUACGCAUUUUUUGUUUUUGAUGCCGUGUCAUUCAACCCCUUUAUACAGCCAUCUACACGUGAAUGUGACAACAAGAUUUCUGACUUGUCUUCCAAAUUUUAAUAAUGUAGAAGGAUAUGUAGAUGAAGCAGAUCAUUUUUACAAUAGCCCUAUCAAAUGGUUGAGGCAAUAUUACCCACCAACUGGAGUCUUGCCUUCUCAUAUAAUCAUUUUUGACAACUUGGAGCCUUUGAUAAGAGACAUUUUGACCAGGUACAAGCAGAUACAUCAGUUUUUCCACACAGAUGUACCCUUGUCAUCUAGAAUAGGAAAACAUGUUUUAGUGUUUGAAAAAGUUUUGUAAUUAGUCUAAGCAGUAGUUUUGUUCAUAGUACUUAAGAUUGUAUAACUCCACUGCCGUUUGUGUAGGUAAAAUAAAAACCUGCAGUUUUAGAAUA